AUGGCUUUGGUUGCGUCUUUCAACAUGACCAAUCCACAGCCUGCCAUUGAAGGAGGAAUUUCUGAAGUAGAGAUUAUCUCCCAACAAGUAGAUGAAGAAACCAAGAGCAUUGCUCCUGUGCAGCUGGUGAACUUUGCCUAUCGGGACCUGCCCCUGGCUGCUGUAGACCUUUCCACGGGGGGCUCACAGCUCCUGUCGAAUUUGGAUGAAGAGUACCAAAGAGAAGGGUCUAACUGGCUGAAGCCGUGCUGUGGGAAGAGAGCAGCCGUGUGGCAGGUAUUUUUGCUCAGUGCAAGUCUCAACAGUUUCCUGGUAGCCUGUGUAAUAUUGGUGGUGAUUCUCCUGACCCUGGAACUUCUAAUAGAUAUAAAGCUUCUCCAGUUUUCCAGUGCUUUCCAGUUUGCCGGUGUCAUUCACUGGAUCAGUCUGGUCAUUCUCUCUGUGUUCUUCUCAGAGACUGUUCUACGGAUUGUGGUGCUGGGGAUCUGGGAUUACAUCGAAAACAAAAUAGAGGUGUUUGACGGGGCUGUGAUCAUCUUGUCCUUGGCCCCAAUGGUGGCAUCCACUGUGGCUAAUGGACCCAGAAGCCCCUGGGAUGCCAUCAGCCUCAUCAUCAUGUUCCGAAUCUGGCGGGUGAAGAGAGUCAUUGAUGCCUACAUCCUGCCGGUGAAGCUGGAGGUGGAGAUGGUUACCCAGCAGUACGAGAAGGCCAAAGCCAUCCAAGAGGAGCAGCUGGAGAGACUGACGCAAAUCUGUCAGGAGCAAGGGUUUGAGAUUCGGCAGCUGCGUGCGCACCUGGCCCAGCAGGAUCUGGAUCUGGCUGCGGAGCGGGAGGCGGCGCUGCAAGCCCCACACAUGCUCAGCCAGCCACGCAGCCGCUACAAGGUAGUAGAGGCCAGCACGUGGGCCGAGGAGACUGCGGCUGAGAGCAUCGUGGAGGAGAUGAGGCCCUCUCAAGAAGCCACGGUGAAAGAUGACAUGAACAGCUACAUUAACCAGUACUACAAUGGACCCAGCAGUGACAGUGGGGUCCCGGAGCCAGCAGUGUGUGUGGUCACCACAGCUGCCAUAGACAUCCACCAGCCCAACAUCUCGUCAGACCUCUUCUCCGUCGACUUGCCUCUGAAACUCAGUGGCAACAGCACCUGCACCAGUGCCACCUCGGAGAUCACCUCCCACUCCACCUGUGGCUCAGUCACCAGGGCCCAGAGCGCCAGCAGCCAGACGCUGGGUUCCUCCACAGACUGUAGCACCCCCCGAGAAGAGCCGUCCUCUGAAGCUGGGCCUUCUCCCCUGCCACUGCUGCCACCCCCUCAGCAGCAGGUGGCAGAGGCCACAGUCCAGGACCUGAUAUCCUCUCUGUCAAAGGACCCCUGCCCAUCCCAUAAGGCCUUGGACCCAGCCCCCCUGGCUCAGCCUCUCCCAGAGGGCUCAGCCCAGACCAGCCCUGAGCUGGAGCACAGGGUAAGUCUGUUCAACCAGAAGAAUCAGGAGGCCCUUCCAGUUCUGCAGAUCAAGCCUGUCAUCCAUUUGCCACCCACAGCUGGGCUGGAGGAGAAGUUCAGAUCUUUGGAAUCCAAAGAGCCAAAGUUGCAUAGGGUUCCCGAGGCCUAG